AUGUCCGAGAUCCACUCCUUUACGCAGACUGAAGCUCUUUCUGAGCGCCGCCUGCUCAAAGAUGGCUCUGAGAUCCCCAAGCGACAGAAACGGGUGGUGGUGACUGGAGGCUCCGGGAAUCUGGGACGUUGGGUGGUCCGCGAGAUGGUGCAGCAUGGCUGGGACACCAUCAACUUCGAUACUGUACCUCCCCUGGCUUCCGAGGCGGACGUCAAGGCUCGCUACAUCAAGGUCGACCUCACGGACUAUGGACAGGUCAUCGGUGGCCUGUCUGACGUAGACUCGGGAUGGAAGGGCGUGGAUGCGGUGAUCCACUUGGCUGCUAUCCCCAGUCCCAACAAAGUUCCCAAUGCCGUGCUUUUUCAAACCAACAUGAACCAGACCUACAACAUCCUCGAAGCCUGUCGGGUUCUGGGCAUCAUCAACAUUGCAAUCGCCUCGUCAGAGACCGUCCUUGGCCUCCCCUUCUAUCCCCACCCGCCUGCGUCAUUCCCAGUCACCGAGUCGGUCGAACGCCCCGAAAGCUCCUACUCUCUCGCCAAGCUCAUGGGGGAGAAGAUGUCGGAGCAGCAUUGCCGCUGGAAUCCCGACGCAAAGAUCGUCAAUAUCCGGCUGAGCAACGUCAUGUGGCCGGAGCGAUACGCCAACUUCUUGACCUGGCAGGAUGACCCAUGGGAGCGGGCAUGGAAUGGCUUUUGCUAUAUCGACGGGAGGGAUUGCGCUCAGGCGUUUCGGCUCGCCCUCGAGAAGGACUUCAAAGGGGCAGAGGUGUUCAACAUUGCCAAUGCCGAUAUCUGCUAUUCCAAGCAGACCACGGCGGAAUUGGCCAAGUUGUGCUUCCCGGAUGUCCCGUAUACGCCAGAGACGGACGACCCGCGUGAGGGGCUGAUCAGCAUCAAGAAGGCAAGGGAGAUGCUGGGGUAUGAGCCAAAGUAUGAUUGGCAGGGGGAGGUGGAAAAGUUGAGACAGGCGGGUAAAUUGAUGUAG